GCGACCGUGGUGUGAGUGCACUUCAUCCUCCCCUAUUAUGGGAUUGUUUUUUACUGGAUUGCAAGUCAGACCUCAUAAUUUCAAUCAUUGCUGACCCCAUUUAAAAGAAGAGCACCAUAGGUGUGGAGGGGUCCAAGCUGUGAGCUCCAGGUUUCCGAAGGGGGCCCCAGUAAAGGGAAGAAGUACAGAGCUGUCUGAGAAGCAGAAGUUCCUCGACACCUGGUGAUCAUGGUGAGACACCUGAGGACCCUGUACAUCCUGAUACUGGCUCUGGCACUGGUGCAUUGUCAAGCAGAGCCUGAAGAGGAGGAGGAAGAGGAGUGGGAGGAAGAUGGAGUAGAAGAAGUGGAAGAUACAACCCUUUCCAUCAUGCUGAAGACUGGGGACGAUUCUUGUCCACAAAACUGCAAUUGCAUUGCAGAGGGUGUUGUGGACUGUGCUGGGGUCGACCUCAAAGAAUUCCCCAGUGACCUGUCAGAAGACACCCGCCAGCUGUCCUUGCAGAACAACCAAAUAGAAACGGUGACUGUGGAGAACCUUGCCAGACUUCACCAACUCGAGACGCUAAACUUGCAGAACAACCGUCUUACUUCACAUGGCCUUGAAGAUGAGGGUUUUGAGAUACUUGAACAAUUGAAUUAUUUGUACCUUGCAAAUAACAAGCUCACUGCAGCACCCAAACACCUGCCUCCUUCACUGGUCAGUGCGGACUUUGCAGCAAACCAACUCACCACAAUUUUUCCUUAUACAUUUGGAUAUAAACCACAGCUAAGGUCUGUUUAUCUACACAAUAACAAGCUGACAGAUGCUGGGCUUCCUGAACACAUGUUCAAUGGCUCAGACAAUUUGGAAACCCUCAUCAUGUCCAGCAACUUCCUCAAAUAUGUGCCCAGGAGCUUGCCAUCAGCCCUGUCCCGCCUCCACUUAAAGAAUAACAAAUUGGAGAAGAUCCCUCCUGGUGCUUUCGACAGCCUGUCUCACCUACGGGAGCUUCACCUGCAGAAUAAUCUUUUGAGCAAUGAUGGUAUGGACAAUGAAACAUUCAGCCGGCUGAACAGUCUGGAAUAUCUGGACUUGUCCAACAACAACCUGAGUGUGGUACCCAAGGGCCUCCCACGCAAUCUGGUGCUACUUCACCUGGAAAAGAACUCCAUCCGCAGCAUUACCAGUGAUGUGCUGACUCCAAUCCGCAACCUAGAGUACCUGCUUCUGCACAACAACAAGUUGCGCUCUCGUGCCAUCCAUCCAUUAGCCUUCCAGGGGCUGAAGAAGCUACACACCCUGCACAUGUACAACAAUCAACUGGAACGAGUGCCACGUGGCCUGCCGCGACGUGCAAAGACCCUCAUGCUGUUGCACAAUCUCAUCUCGGAGAUCAACCGCAAUGACCUUGCCCUGCUCUACACGCUGACUGAGCUCAACCUCAGCUACAACAAAAUCACCACCCCCAAGCUGCACAAGGAAGCCUUUCGCAAACUGCGCCUGCUUGAAUCUCUGGACCUCUCAGGCAACAGCUUAUAUGCCCUGCCUCUUGGCCUGCCAAAGAGCCUGCAGGUACUGAAGGCAAAGGACAACCAGAUGAGCAUCAUUCCUGAUGGAGCGCUGAGCGGCAUGACCAACCUGCGUGAAAUCAACCUGAGCAACAACCAGCUGAAACUCAGCUCCAUCUACCAGGGAGCCUGGCAAGAGCUGACUACACUAACGACAUUGGACUUAUCUGGGAACCAGCUGUCUCAUGUGCCCCCUGAUCUGCCGGAAUCCCUUGAGUACCUUUACCUGCAGAGCAACCGCAUCAGCAGCAUCCAUGCUAGUGCCUUUGAGAGCGUGCCUAAGAUCAAGAGCAUCUUCCUUAGGUUCAACCGGUUACCUGUGAAUGCUGUGAAGGAGAGCACAUUUUCCUAUUUGAAGAACCUGCAGGUGCUGGACCUUGGUCCUGCUGCCAGUGACAUUGGGGAUAAAGAUGACAAAGAAGAAGAGGAAGAGGUAGAGGAAGAUCAGUAGAAAAAAACUAACCAUCAAUACUGACCAGCAAUGCAACUUGCUGGGGAAAAGCAUCAACUAAAUGAAUUAAGGCAAAUGUAACUUUGAUUUGCAAAAGAAGAAGUGCAUCGUUCCUAAAGUGAUGUUUUUCAAAACAGAGUGAGUCAGUGAACUGAAGAACAAUGAAAAAUUUUAUUUGACGAGUGAAAUGUCAGAUAUCUAUUUGGUGCAGGAAACCAGAUGUUUCUGGCUUUGCAGUUGCAGAUAUUACUUUUAUUUGUGCUUGCAUUUCAGUUAUUUUCACCAAAAGCUUACAAACCUCCUGCUCCAGUAGCUUGGAUAAUAUUACCUAACAUGGCAAAGUUAUGAAAAUGAAUACAGCAUGAAUUUGCUUAAGCGCCAUGGAGGUUUUCAGUGUGAUCUUGAACAAAGAGCAGACAGCAAGGCUCAGAGAUUUGGGUACUCGGAUAUUUCACAGCGAGGGUGAGAAAAAUUACCUUUGGUCAUGACAGAAAGUGUCUUCUGUGAAUCCAAGCCUUGAAAUGCCAAUUUGAUUGACAACAGUUUUUGUCUGGCUGAGUUGUGAACAGAAGUGUAAGCUGUGGAUAUGGUGCUGCAUUUUAUGUCAAUAUUUGAGCUUUGUAUCCAUGUUGAGAGUUCAUGAUCAAAAUAGCUUUUUUAAAAAGAUUGCUCUGCUCUCUUGCAAAACAGAAACAUUGCAGAUGCCUCCUUGAUUUCUGGUAUUUUGUCACAAUUUUUAAAACAAAAAAAUAAGAGUCUAUACAUAUUUUUUACAUCAGAAAAAAAA